AUGAGAGCCGCACUUGAGUGGCUGACCACAAGGAUGACCGCAACGGGCAUCUUUACACGAAAUCUCCUCAAAGAUCGCUUCGCGACAGGUAUUGCAAGGACCCUUGUGACAGAGUUCCGGGCAUGUGUGUCUUCCGCAUUUCAGCAUUCGACCACAUAUCCGAGUGCAGAUGUGUUCCGCCUCAAUAUCCUCAUCGAGAGGACGAAGGUGCGGCUUGAGCUUGCGACGAAGAGCUUGGCGCUCAAUGGCCUUCUGUUCUCCAGGGCAGCAUCUCUCGGUGCACGUAUGACGGCCACAAUGCAAGGUGGCCUUGCAUUGGCGGAAACACUGGGGAUGUUGAAUAUCACCCUGGUGACAGAUGCUCAUAGAGGUGUUGCGGCCACACUGACACUGAAUUGGGACCCGACGCAAACAGGCGCCGCAAGGCCCAGUAUGACAGAUUUGGUCGCAGGAAUGACCACAUGGAAGCAUCUUGCCACAUGGCUCGCGACAGUUGGGAAUUGGAUCUUCGCAAGAAGUACGAGCAGUGAAACCAGGGGUGCUGGCCAACGGCGUUUUUCCACACGGACAACGGACCACAACGUCUGGCGAUCGAGGACAAUGGGCGGGAUGCGAGUCCUGUGGAUGGCAUUCUUUUUGGCAGAAAUGCACACCACAAUCGAAUGGGCGACUGCAGGUUUCCUUGCAACCAAAGUAUCCAAUCCACUCCUCUUCAGAUCCAUCGUCACGGACUGUCUGGCUUUCCAUCUCGUCCUCCUUGGAGCUGCACAGCAUUUCGGUCUGCACUUUGCCGCAAUAACAACGAGCCUCGAUCGUGACCUCACAAGCACCACAUAA